CCUCGAAUGCUGGUUUCUUCUGUACGUGAAAUUUAGGGUAAUUAGAGAGAAGUGUUAACUCUUUCAGGGAUGAUGACCGAUGUUGUUGAUGACUUGUUCAGAGUUGUCAGAAUUUUUCAAAAUUUUUGUGAAAUAUAAAUUAUGUAAAUUAUAUUAAUAACAGGUAGUAAUUAGAUAAGUUGAUAAUUUUUGUAGCUUCAAAUGUUGAUUUCUUUUCUUACAUGAAAUUUAGGAGAGUUAGAAAGGAGUAUUAAUCCUUUGAAGCACGGUGUCCUGUCCGACUAUUGUUGAUGACUUGUUGUCAGACUUCUCCAAAAUUUUUGUGAAAUAUAAAUUAUGUAAAUUAUAUUAAUGACAGGUAGUAGUUCGAUAAAUUUGAUAACAAUUUAUAGCUUCAAAUAGUAAUGUCUGAUUGUUAACGAGAGUUAUUUGCAUAUAAUAGAAUUUGAGUAAUUUCAUGUAAAUAAACGGAAGGGAAAAGGGAAAGAGAAAAGGAUUUGAUGUAAAUAAGAAAGAAGAGUGAAAUCAUCGACACGUUGUAACAGAAAGGGGAACGUGCCUGUGCAAUCUUUAUUUAAUGCUCGCAAGGAAGAAGGGAAAAACCAGGGAGAAUUCCAUUUCACGACUGACACGAUUAGAGUGAAUUGCUCUGAUUAAUAUUGAAUCCGUUCCUGCACGAACGCUUCGCCUCAUUACAAAUAACUAUGGACAAUUAAUUACGAACAACCUGUCCAUCAAUUUCGAUUUCAACGCAUCUGCAUAAUUUACCACAUUUUUCUUUCUUUCGUCCACCACACGAUCGGUUCCGACUUCGAUUCGAUCAAUCAUCGAUGCACCUGCCACUCAGUGCGUUAUAUGAUAUUACCACGAGUGAGAUAGAUAACCGAUGAAUUAUCUCAUCGAAAGUAAACACACACACACACAUGAGUUUCACGAAUCGCGAAUUUUCAGGUGAAAAUCUGGUUCCAAAAUCGGCGAAUGAAAUGGAGGAACAGCAAGGAGAGGGAGCUGCUGGCAACGGGCGGUUCUCGGGAGCAAACGUUGCCGAACAAGAACAAUCCGAACCCGGACCUGAGCGACGCGGACGGGGACAGGCCGAGGAUGGAUCUGAGCGACGUGAGCCCUUUGACGAGCCCUCAACGGCCGGAGGAACAAACGGAGAACGAGGAGGACGAGGAGAUCAAUGUCACG